AUCUCUCUUUCCCUCGCUCUCUCUCUCGUCCUGCAGCUGUGGCUUUCUGAGCAUGCCUCUUCGCAAUCCAACGGCUGAGCGCACACGAGUGGGGGAAGGAAGAGAGGCAAGAGAGGAGGGGCGAAAAGAGAUUCCAGCAGACCUAGUUUGGGAAGGCACAGACAAACAGAACCUCGAGUAGGAGCAAGGAGGGCAAAUAUUUAGAUAUUUUCACAUUAGAGGACAUUUGAUACAGGGAGAGUUGACAAUGCUGUGGCAAUGUGAUGGCCAUUCGCAACUCCUUUUCGGAGGGGGAAAGAAGAUGACAAAGGAGGGAAAAGGGCUUUUCGUUGAUGGCCGUGUGUGUGUCUCAAUGGGCAGUAGGGCACGUCCGGCAUUCGAGGGUUGACCGCACUCCGGUGGACAUUCUAGGACACUCACCUAGAACAGAUAGUUGAUCAAAGAGACACAUUAUUUUUAUCGUUCCGCAUGAAGAGCUUUCGGUUGUCAAGGGGAGAGAGCAUCUUUGAAGUGAGAGCACUUGUUAUUGAAAAGGACAAGAGGCUUGUUGUUUUUCAGGGAUUCAACUUGAAAGAUAAACUUUUAUCAGUCCUUUCUUUUUGAGGUUGCACACACAGGUCCCUGUUCCCGUUUGUGACUCAAAAGGGGGAGUUCGGGGGAGGAUUUUGUGUGUCAGCGGAAAGACACCAUUGGAAUCGCAGUUGUUCAUUUCCUUUUGUCAACACAAUAUAUUGGGAAUAUCACAGUGUUGGGAACGUGUGAGGAUUACAAUGGAGACGAAACCUAUCAUUUGUGGCAGUGGACAUUCAAUACUCAAAUAAUGAACCAAAUCCAUCAUGUUUUUUCACUCCGUGCCACUGUAUGGAAUUAGUGCUGGAGUUCCCAAUUCCACAUUGGCAUCCAACCGGAAAUGUAACGCUGCGAAUCCUUAUGAUUGAUUGUGACUGGAGAUGUAAGUGUAAGUGCAUUGCUGAAACCAGUGGCGCUUUUUCUUACUGCUCGGGAAGAGCUUUUUAUGCGGCAGCUUAUCUACAAUGUCCAACAUCUAAAAUGAUAUCAACCACUGACAGAAUUACACGAACAUUAAAGUAAGAGCAAUUAAAGUAGAGCAAUUCCCAGUUACUGCAAAUACUAAAGGACUACAAAUCAAUGACGUGGAGGUAUUGUGUUUAGAGUGUAGAGUUUUAGAGUUAGGGCAAAAACUAUUGGCAGUAAGGAUUUUUUUUAAUUACAGUCCCUAGGCAGCAAUGCGGUUUCAAAGUUACUCAGCUUGACUGUUUCCCUGCUUGCUAAGUACUGAAUAGAGGUUGAAGGACAACUAUUCAUGUUUACGAGGGUAUUUUGGGGGAACUGAUGGCAGGUCAUGCAAGUGGACCUGACUUUGUACUCAUCUGAUAGGACUAAAACUAUCUGAACCAACUGGUGGUAUAUACCUGAUUCAACCAACAGGACUAAAAUGAACUGAUGAACAGAGACAGUUACCACACGUUUAUUAUAAUACACAAUCCUCUUUGAACCCAGGUUUUUGCUUUGACCCACAAUCUUCAUUUAUUUGAUAUUUUAUUACAUUGGUUUCACUUCUUUCUUGGACCUAUUUUUCUCUUUGACAUUCGCAACUUGGCCAGUAUGGUGCCACCACCGCCCACCAACAAGCCUCAUGUGUGCUUGUCGGCCAUCUUGAUCAUGGGUAGCAUGGCGCUGAUGGACGCCUACCUGGUGGAGCAGAACCAGGGGCCCAGGAAGAUUGGUGUGUGCAUCAUGGUCCUUGUGGGGGACAUCUGCUUCCUCCUCGUCCUACGCUACGUGGCUGUGUGGGUGGGUUCCGAGGUGCGGACCUCCAAGCGUGGCUACACCAUGAUCCUAUGGUUCUUCUAUGUCUUCGUCCUGGAGAUCAAGGUCUACUUUGUCUACCAGAACUACAAGGCCGAGGACGGGAAGAGGGCAAGUUUGGACGGUUGGACUGGCGGCGGCGUGGACGGGGUGGCACGGAAGGCGCUGACAUUGCUUCUGUCCAUCUGCGUGCCCGUCGUCUACAUCACGUUGGUGGCCAUCGACCACAUGGAGUACGUGCGGCCGCAGAAGAAGAAGGAGGAGAUCCGGUGUCGACUCUUCUGGGUGGUGGUGGACUUGCUCGACGUCCUGGACGUGCAGGCCAACCUAUGGGAGCCUCAGAGGAGAGGGCUCCCCCUAUGGGUGGAGGGACUCAUGUUCUUCUACUGCUACAUCCUGCUGCUGGUGUUGCCGUGCGUGUCGCUGAGCGAGAUCAGCAUGCAAGGGGUGAACAUUGUGCCCCAUAAGAUGAUGCUCUACCCGAUUCUCAGCCUGGUGACUAUUAACAUUAUCACUCUCUUCAUUCGAGGCGGGAACAUGGUUUUCUAUAGGGACUCCAGGGUGUCUGGGAUACUGAUGGGUAAAAAUGUGAUCGCCAUUGUUCUUAAGACGUGCAGUUUCGUCCAGUAUCGGAGGCAUCUCGGUGAGGUCCCGUCUCCCGCUCUUGGGGUAGAGAUGCAGAAGAAUUGCGUUGUCCACGGCCCGAAAGUGACUAUGCCUGUGCCCAUGCCGAUGCCCAUGCCACCCCAAGUAGUGAUUCAAGACUUCACAAAGUUUCCUGAAGAGAUGGUGUGUGUGAGUGACACAGAGGUUGAGCAAACGUGACACAGGUCUUGGUGAGAAAGUGAUAAAUAUACAUAACAUAUUAUAAGCUUUAUUAUAGGACAUUAUAAAAGACUAAUUCAUGCGUAUAACAAGGGCUUCAGUAAAGUGUUACCAGAACAGUUGACACAAGGAAGCACUGUGUACGGUCACAACAAGGUGUUGCACCAUUUCCUAGGACAAGGGAGAAAAUGACUAUAGGGAGAAGUGAAUGUGUCCCCCCAAUGAUGAUGAUCUAAUGGAGAAAAAAAAAAAUAUAUGAAAGGAUCUUCUUAAGUAUUGGACCCUUUUAUUAAAUGUUUGCCUAAAAUGACAUACCGAAAUCUAACUGCCUGUAGCUCAGGACCUGAAGCAAGGAUAUGCAUAUUAUUG